UGGUAAAGUUGGACACAUCAAGUCUGUUUGCAGGAGUUCGAAUACUUAUGUUGCUCAACAUUCUUAUAAUUCUCCCAAGCUGUCUAGUAAAAUGGAGUCAAUGUGUCUUUCAACUUUUCAAAAUACUCAAGCUAAUCCAAUGAAAACCUCCACUACAAGUUCGGCAACUCAAGUGUCAACUGCUUUCAAAAAUGUGGUAGCCGAGUUGCAGUGCGAACUGUCGAAAACACGAAAAAAACUGAAUGAGAUGAGAGAGCAACUGAUUAAAAUGGAGGAAUUGUUGCAUAUGCAUAGACUACGUCUGUUGAAUGCAGAACAUACAAGUACCCGUGAAAGUCCUGCAAGACUUUUCAAAUCUCGAAUUCUCAAAAAGCAUCUCAUGUCCACGACUUCUAAUGCACAUUAUUACAAAGGUAAUAACUAUAGACCUUCUGUUGGAAUUAUACUACAAAAAAUGGGAAAUCGAGUGGUGAAUAUAUUAGACAUCAAAGAUCACUCAGUUCAUAACGGACACCUGGACAAAGUGACAAUAAAUGAAGUAGGUCGUUCCAAUCAUAAUAUUAUUGAUUCCGCUAAUAAUCCUGAUUUUGUAGAUAAUUCAGAAAUAGGUCCAGAUAACACUGAUGAAAAUAGUAUCACAGAAUCAGUUAGGUCGCAGAUACUUUCAAGCAAACCGACACAUCGUUAUAAGUACGCAAGGAGACAUUCGACGUGUGGCGGAUGUGGUGAUUGACAAAUUCUAUCUCUGUAUUGUUUAAAUA